AAGGUUGAGGUCCAACAGGGAGUUGAUUCACUCACUCACUCACACACACUCGUGCGCACACCUUAGCACCUGCACAAGUGUUUUAAGCGGCACACGCAGGUGGAAAGUGUACCUUUGGAUACAACAUGGAGGGAGAAUUAUCCAUCAUAGAGUAUUUACAUGACACAGACGUAUAUUCGCACUAGUCAGAAAAAGUAAGACAAUAGUCCCACGCAAGACUUGACACCAUCCAAUCGGUCCAAAGGAGCAGGAGGGAGAACCGAGGGAUCGGAACGCUGGAGCUCAAGGAUAAGCCAUGGACACUGCGUGCAUCCCGACACACCUGGAGGUCCACCAUGCUCCUUGCUAACCUCCUGCUCCUCAUGGUCCUGCCGCUACCUCAAGCCUCGUCCGGUGGCCAGGGUGACACCGGCGAGGCCGACAAUGGCAGGUUAGCCGGCACGUGGCCCGCCACCUCAGAGCCGCCGCCGCCGCCGACCGGGUCUCCCCUGGAGCCCAACUUGGCUCAGACCAUCCAGAGUCUCCUGCUGAGCCGCCUGGGCCUGCAGUCGCAGCCCAACCCUCGUCCCGGCGUGCCCAUCCCUCGGUACCUCAUGGAUCUGUACCGCUUCCACCAGCAGCAGUACCACCUGCUGGAGGACCCCGCCUUCAGCUUCCCCAGCCAGCACGUGCAGCAGGCCAACACCAUUCGCAGCUUCCACCACACUGAGCCCCUCACAGCAGAGGACCCGAAAUGGGCGCACAUCUCCUUCAACAUCUCCUCCAUCCCCUUAGAAGAGAAGGUGCUCUCGGCUGAGCUCCGCCUCCUACGAUCGUCCAGGACCACCUCAUUGGGCCCCGGACUCCAUAGACUGAACCUGUACCUCUCUGGGCACCGGCAGAAUCCCCGACCCACCCUGCUAGAAAGCAGACUCCUCACCGCUGAGCCUCAAAGUCAUGCAACCGGCAGCCUUUGGGAGACUUUCAGCCUCAAGGCAGAACUCUUCGAUUUGGCUGUGAACGAAGCGGACCACCUUGGUUUCCUCCUGGAAGUGCUAUCGGAGAACAGCACCGGUCAGGGGGAAGGGGAGCCGCAUAAGGGGGGGCACUUGAGGGUUUGCAGGUCGGUGGGGCAGGACGAGCACACCUGGGCCCAGGAGAGACCCCUCCUGGUGACGUAUAGCCACGACGGGCGCGGAGAACCUUUGGUCAAGCACGGUAGGAGGAACGUCGGCGGGGUGCCUAGGAAAAGCUGGAAUAGAGACCAAAAGCGGGGCCGGGAUAAAACGUAUCAAACGCCGAGCUGGGGGGGCCAAACGGGCAGGGUGAAACGAAACGGCGGUCGCGCGGCCAAGCUCAAGCGCCUCUCCCGCAACCGCUGCCGCCGCCAUCCCCUCUACGUGGAUUUUAACGACGUGGGCUGGCACCAGUGGAUCAUCGCGCCCAGCGGCUACGACGCCUUCUUCUGCCUGGGCGAGUGCCGCUUUCCCCUGGCCGAUCACAUGAAUUCCUCCAGCCACGCCAUGGUGCAGACGUUGGUCAACUCGGUCAACGGCGCCGUGCCGCGGGCCUGCUGCGUGCCCACCUCGCUCAGCCCCAUCGCCCUGCUCUACCUGGACCCCCAGGACCGUGUGGUGUUGAAGAAUUACCAGGACAUGGUGGUGGAAGGUUGCGGGUGCCGAUAGCGUGGUAAACGGAAACUGUCCGGGUAGGAAGAUGAUGGCUGGAUGACGAGGAAAUGUGAGGGAAAAUCUCAGCCUAAGCGUAAAUGUCCGAAAACGUUGCGCCGCUUUUCCAUUGUAUGGUACCGCAAAAUGUUAGCUUUUCACUGAGUGCAGGCAAAAUGGAGACGGUAGAGUUGAACAGCUAAAAUGGGGUACACAUAUAUAUCACUAACAGGACCAAAUUUGAGCAUUUUGACCCCCCACUGUUAUCAAAGGUCAAAAUAUCAGAUGUCUUUAUUUUCCCCCUCAUCAUUUGUAGUCUCUCAUGUUUAAAAAAAUCAGUAGGUGUGUACCCUGCUUAAAUGUAUGAAAUAGGAACUGACUAGCAGUUGUUUUCUAAUAACAGCGCUAAAAAAAAAAAGCCUCACUGGUGAGCAGGUACCGUGCAGUUGGAAAACGGGGCAACACUCGACUUUGUUUUGCAACAGCGAUAGACAGCAGCAAUCAAAGCAUCUUUACAAAAAAAAAAAACAACUACUAAGAGGAAGGCUGAGGUUGUCCUUGAAAGCACCCGUGUCACCAGCUAUUCAAAUACUAAAACACAUCAACGAUGCCGAGAAAGAAAAUACAGCGCUCUCGUUCUGAAUGUACUCCAUUAUUAUUUAAAAA